AUCCUUGUCACUACUGUCAGUGUUAUUGUAAUUUGAAGAGAAGUUGGAGUUGGUUUAAUAAUUUUCUCUAAUUAUUCUCUUCCUUGUUACAAGAUACAAGUAGUACACUGAUUCUUCGGAAUGGCCUCUCAAAAACUGUCCCUAGCCGUACGUAACUUCAGUACGAGCAGUGCCGUACAGCAGCUCGUCAAGCCCCCGAUACAAAUCUUCGGAAUCGAAGGUCGAUAUGCGACAGCACUUUACUCUGCCGCCAGUAAACAGAAAACUUUGGACAGUGUGGAAAAGGACCUUAUCAAAUUCCAGACUUCCAUGAAGACAGACCCCAAACUACUAGGAUUCAUCGAGAACCCGAUCAUCAAACGUAGCAUCAAGGCUGAUGGUCUGAAAGUGGUUGCCCAAAAGAUCUCCCUGAAGCCAGAGACUGCUAACCUCCUGCAGUUAUUAGCUGAGAAUGGUAGACUGAAGAAACUGGAUGGUGUCAUCAAUGCAUUCAGGACUAUCAUGUCUGCUCACAGAGGAGAGGUGACCUGUGAAGUGACAACUGCAAAGGAGUUGGAUGCAGACCAAAAACAGAAAUUGCAAGGAGUCUUGAAGUCAUUCGUGAAGCCCAAUGAAUCCAUUCACCUCACAACAAAAGUAGACCCCACCAUCAUUGGAGGAAUGGUUGUUAGUGUUGGGGACAGAUAUGUGGACAUGUCUGUUGCUAGCAAAAUCAAGAAAUAUACUGAAGUCAUCAGUGCUGCUGUGUAAUUUCAUUGUUAAAUAAUUUAAUAUUGAAUAUAGAUAUUAAUAUAGUGAAAACAUUAAUAUUGUCUCUCCAUUGGAAAUUAAAUAAUCUAUUAAAGGACAACAAUUUACUGGGAAAUGCAAAUAUUUAAGGGGAAUUAAAUCACUUCCCCUGAAUAUCCAAUUAUUCUCAUGUUAGUGAUCUCCACUCCAGUCAGUUGAUAUACUGGAUUCAGCAUUUUUUUAUCAAAGGUACCUUUUAAG